AUGGCCUCACGUGUCCUUAUCUCUGGUCUCCCCCGGCCCCUCCCUCCUCUUCCUCUGAGGCCUGCCCCUACCUGCGUUCCCUGCGUCGAGGGGCGGCAGCGCGCUGCCCCUCACUCCUCUGAGUUUCCUCCGACGGAGGCUCCGCUGCAGACUCUUCACAUGGACGUGUCGGGCCCCGCCCGCGUCCGUGGCCAGGGUCACGAGCGUUACUUCCUGUUGAUGGUUGAUGACUACUCACGUUACACCACGGUGAUCCCCUUGCGCAACAAGGGUGACGUCACUGGGGUGUUGAUUGACUGGAUCCGCGCAGCUCGUCUCCAGCUCAGAGAGAGUUUUGGCUCGGACUUUCUUGUUCUGCGUCUGCACUCCGACAGAGGCAGGGAGUUUCCCUCUGCUCUUCUGGGAGCCGUCUUUCGUGCACAGGGCAUCCGCCAGACAUUCACGCUUCCGGCCUCUCCACAGCAAAAUGGGAUUGCUGAGCGCCGCAUUGGCAUGGUCAUGGACGUCGCUCGUACGUCCAUGAUCCAUGCGGCUGCUCCCCAUUUUCUGUGGCCGUUUGCGGUUCGGUUGGCGAUGCGUCUGCGUUCCGUGUCUGAGGAUCUCGGGCGUUUGUCCGCGACUUGUCUGCGGACAAGCUGUCCCCCCGUGCUGUUCCCUGCGUCUUCCUUGGCUUCCCCCUUGACGCGCCUGGUUGGUAGUUUUACCACCCCACCCUCGCGCCGUGUUCUGUCCUCCCAGUACGUCACGUUUGACGAGUCGGUUCCUUACUACCGUCUCUUCCCCUACCGCACUGCGCCCCUUCCCCCGCCGCCCCUCUUUCUCGCGCCAGGCCCCCCCCCGGUAGAUCCUCUCCCCCCUCAGGGUCCUGCACCGUCAGGUGUGUCCCAACCUGGGGGUGCUGGGUCUGGGGGUGCUGAGCCUGGGGGUGCUGAGCCUGGGGGUGCGGAGCCUGGGGGUGCGGAGCCUGGGGGUGCUGAGCCUGGGGGUGCUGAGCCUGGGGGUCCUUCGGGUACUUCGUCUCGGCGGGAGCUACCCUCUCCACAGGAGCUGCGCGAGUGGUUUGCCAGGCGCUGGAGUCGUGCUGCUGGAGCUGGAGGUGCUGCUGUUUCUGCUGCCCCCGCGGUCGGUGCUGGAGGUGCUGGAGCCACUGGUCCUGGAGGUGCUUGUACUGGCAAUACUGGAGCUGCUGGGACUGGGGGUGCUGAUGGGGCUACUGGAGUUGGUCCUGCUGAAGGUGCAGUUGGUGCUGCUGGGGGUACUGGAGCUGCUGGGGGUGCUCGUGCUGGAGGUACUGCUGGGGCUGGUGCUUCUGAGGGUCCUGGAGUUGGCGCUGCUGGAGCUGGAGGUGCUGCUGGCGCUGGUGCUCCCGCUGGGGGUGCUGGUGCUGUCUCUGCUGGUUCUGGAAGCGCUUUGCGGCCGCGGCCAUACUUCGUUCCGCUCCUUGAGCAGUCGCGGUCACAGUUCGAGCCUGCCUCCCCACUGCCUGCUCCUUCUCCCUUCACUGGUCCUACUGGAGGUCUUGCUGAGCAUCGCACACACCAGAUGGCACUCCGUCCUUCUAGUGCUCCACUGCGUGUCCCUUUACCGUCUCCUCCAGAGUCCUCUCUUCUUGCUCUUGCUGACCCGGAGUCUGACUCUCUUCGUGCUGCCAGUCCAACUGUCACGCGUCUCCUGGCUACUGUUGUCACUGACCCUUCCUUUGAGUCCACUGCUGCGUCUGCCUUGGUUGCUGAGCUUGUCGACUUUGCUGCUCACUGUCGUCUAGGCUACACUGCUAGUCUUGUUACUGAGUCUGAGUCUGUCUGUCCUCCGUCCGUCAGGGGUGAGUGUGCUCUUAGCACGGACGUCCUUGAGGACAGGCAGGAGGAUUUCCAGUGUUUUACUGUUGUUUUGCCUCAUCUAGUGUCCAUGUUGAUUGCCCCUGAGGGAGACCCGGAUGCACCAGCCAUCCCGACUCCUCGAUCAUACGCUGAGGCGAUCGAGGGUCCCUACUCCUCACAGUGGCAUGGCAUGUGGAUUUUCAGGGUGAAGCGGCCGCCGGGUUCUCCGCCUGUCUUCAAGGCGCGUUACGUGGCUCGAGGCUUCAGUCAGCGGCAGGGAGUUGACUACUUUCAGACCUUCUCUCCCACCCCGAAGAUGACCACUCUUCGGGUACUGCUGCACAUAGCCGCUCAGCGCGACUACGAGCUUCACUCUCUUGACUUCAGCACUGCUUUCUUGCAGGGCAGCUUGCACGAGGAGAGAUCUGGCUGCGUCGCCCACCUGGCUUCACUGGGUUGUUUCCUCCUGGUAACCCAGUGGAGCUUCCGGCGGCCAGUCUACGGUCUCCGCCAGGCGCCCUGUGAGUGGCACGACACACUGAGGACUACACUUGCGGCUCUUGGGUUUGCUCCUUCUACUGCCGACCAGUCGUUGUUUCUGCGCACCGACACCUCUCUGGCGCCGUUCUACAUCCUCGUGUACGUCGACGACUUGGUCGUUGCCACUGCUGAUACUGCUGGAGUCGCCCGCGUGAAGUCCGAGCUGCAGAAGAGACACACGCGCACAGACCUGGGUGAAUUGUGCAGCUACCUUGGUUUGCAGAUCACCCGGGACAGAGCACAUCACACCAUUACCCUAACUCAGUCACACAUGGUGCAGCAGGUCCUUCAGCGCUUCGACUUCACGUACUCCUCGCCUCAGGCCACUCCUCUGUCUACUCGCCACUCGCUCUCAGCUCUGCCUUCGGAUGAGUCCGUUGAGCCGAGUGGCCCGUACCCAGAGCUUGUUGGCUGCCUCAUGUACCUGAUGACCUGCACACGGCCUGGCCUCGCUUACCCUCUUCGCAUCUUGGCACGCUAUGUUGCUCCUGGGAGACACCGACCAGAGCACAUGGCUGCCGCGAAGAGGGUGUUGCGUUACUUGUGCAGUACGUCCGGCAUGGGGCUAGUGCUUGGAGGGCGACGUAGAGUGGUCCUCACAGGUCACGCAGACGCUUCUUGGGCUGACGACCAGGCUACGCAGCGGUCGUCACAGGGUUACACCUUCAGCCUUGGUUCCGGCUCUGUUUUGUGGCGGUCUACCCGCUCGUCUUCUGUUCUCGGCUCCAGCUGUGAGGCUGAGAUCUACGUGGGGGCCAUGGCUGCGCAGGAGCUACGCUGA